CCUUCCUGAAUGAAAGGACACUUAAAGAACACCAGGGGAUAAAAGCUGUGGUCUCCAGCAGUCCCCAGCACCAGGGGACAGUGGUGACGAUGAGUGACUCCACAGAAGCCAGGAUGCAGCAGCUGGUUUCUGUGGAGGAUGAAGAGUGGAUGGUCAGUGAUACCAGGUGCUCUAAUAAAAGCUCCAGACUACGACCAAAUUCUGGAAUCAAGAGUUUGUCAGGACGCCUGGGACGCUACCAAAUCCCCUUGGUCCUGCAGCUGCUGUCCUUCCUGUUUCUGGCUGGGCUCCUGCUGGUCAUUCUUGUCCAAGUUUACAAGACCCCAAACACCCAGGGGCAGGAAGAAUCCAAAUGUGAAGAGUACCAGGAACUGACCCAGAUGACUAAUAAACUCUUGUCCAAGAUCCCCACUGCCCAGGGGCAGAAUGAGUCCAUGAAGGAGAUUUCUGAGCAGCUGACACAGCUGAAGACUGAACUCCUCUCCAGGAUCUCCACCUACCACGGGUGGAAUGAGUCCAUGAAGGAGAUCUCUGGACAACUGACCCAGCUGAAGACUGAACUCCUUUCCAGGAGCCCCAGCUUCCAGGUACAGAAUGAUUCUAAGCAGGAGAAGAUCUACCAGCAACUGGUACAGAUGAAAGCUGAACUCUUCCGCCUGUGUCGCCCCUGCCCCUGGGAGUGGACGUUCUUCCUAGGAAACUGUUACUUCAUCUCCAAGUCUCAGCGGAACUGGAACAAUGCUGUCAAGGCCUGCCAGGAGGUAAAGGCCCAACUAGUCAUCAUCGACAGUGAUGAAGAGCAGACCUUCCUGCAGCAGACUUCUAAGGCUAAAGGACCAACCUGGAUGGGGCUGUCAGACCUGAACAAGGAAGCCACGUGGCUCUGGGUAGAUGGCUCACCUCUGUCAUCCAGAUUCCAGAAGUAUUGGAAUAGAGGGGAGCCCAACAACAUCGGGGAAGAAGACUGUGUGGAAUUCUCUGGGGAUGGCUGGAACGACUCCAAAUGUGAACUUCAAAAGUUCUGGAUCUGCAAGAAGCCUGAAGCCCCGUGCACUGCCAGCUGAGAUCCAGCUUGUCUCCGUUGCUGCUUCCAUACUGUUCUGCCUGCCAGGUGGAUGGACAUGUCUCACAAUCAUGCCAACUCCUCUCCCUACCUGUUGGCCUCAGUGUGUUGACAAAA